AUGGUGCCGCCGGGGGUUGCGGCACAAGAGGACAAAAACCGGAGAGACCUGCAGCUGGAGCGGGAGGAGAGGCUGGCGGCUGAGCUGGCGAGGCUGAACCGCGAGAAACUUAAAGACGCAAAGUUGAGGCAGCAAGUAAGAGAGAACAGUCUUGAACUUCGAGAAUUAGAAAAAAAGCUGAAAUCUGCUUACGUGAAUAAGGAGAGAGCUGCACAGAUCGCUGAAAAAGCAGCUCUACAGUAUGAGGAAAUGAAAUGUGAGCGUGAAAGAGCCCAAAAGAUGAAAGAGGAGUAUGAGAGGGUAAUAAAAGAAGAAAGUUCUGCAGAACUGAGGCGAAACGAGGAGAAAAUAAUGUAUCAGCAAGAACUGGAGAAACAACUUGAGGAACAAGAGAAGAAGAAGCAGGAUGCUUAUAAAGAGUUUCUAAGAGAGAAACUCAUGAUUGAUGAGAUUGUAAGAAAGAUCUAUGAGGAAGACCAAAUGGAAAAACAACUGAAGUUAGAUAAAAUGAGAGCAACUCAGAUGUAUAUUGAAGAAUUUAAAAAAGAACAAGCUAUCUGGAGGAGAAGGAAACUGGAAGAGAUGGAAGAAGAAAAUAGGAAAAUUACGGAGUUUGCCAACAUUCAGCGACAAAGAGAAGAAGAUCGGAUGGCUAAAGUUCGAGAGACUGAGGAGAAAAAACAAAGACUUCAAAGCAUGAUGGCCCAGAAUCUGCAACGAGAACAACAGAAGCGUGAGGAACUGGAACGACUCCGCCAAGAGCUGUAUCUGGAGGAACAAGCGGAGACAGAACGGCAGAAGGAGCUGGCAGAAAUUGAAAAGAGAAUAAGGCAACGCCUAGACUUAAGGCGAACAUACGAAGAGCAAUUUGCUUUCAAGCAGACAGUGCAGCAAGCUGUGCGAGGAGAGGAAGAAGCCUUCAGGCAGCAGCUGUUGGCCAAGUUCGCAGAGGAUGAUCGCGUCGAACAGAUGAAUGCUCAGAAACGAAGAAUGAAACAGCUCGAACACAGAAGGGCUGUGGAAAAAUUUCUUGAAGACCGUCGCAAGCAGUUUAUUGCAGAUAAAGAGCAUGAACUCGAAGAAAGAAAGUUAGAUGAGAGAAGACAAGAAAACAUCCGUGCAAUUGUUGAAGAAGAGAGACAGAAACUCUUGAAGGAGCAUGCGUCAAAAUUAUUGGGUUAUCUUCCUCGCGGAAUACUCAAAGACGAAGAUGAUGUUAAUAUGCUUGGACAGGAAUUUAGACUGGCUUAUCAGAAGAGAAGAGGUAAUGAAUUUUCAGAGAGCUGAAAUUUCCCCCAUUUCAUCUCCUGGUUUGCCACUAGGUGUCACCUGAUUUCUGAUGAAAAUUCCCUGUUAACAGCGAGGAACUCCCCUUUAAUGCCAUAAAGUCUCCAUUUUAAGACUGCAGCUCCAAGCUGAUGAGCAGUUGGGUUUGUUUGUUAUGUUUUAAUUGCAGUUUUCAUCAGUAAACUGUACGGACCUCUGUUAUUCUCAGUGAUGCAGCAACAUUAAAAAUGUCUUCUCCAGCAGCUCUCCUGGUGUGAAUUCACACGUGUAUUUCAGUAUAAAAUUCUCUUAAAGGUCUAUUUCUGCUGUAAUUUCAAGAUUUACCUGUACUGGCAUCACACUAUUAAAAUAUUAAUCCAAGUGUAGUCUGUCUCAAAGGGGUAGGUCUGAGUUACUUGUUUCACUGUUAGUUCAGGUUACGUUGCUGGUAGGAUCUAGGCAGAGAUGCUUCUCCAUUUUGGGAUCACAAUCACCAUUUAUACUUUUCUUUCAGUGCAUAAACUUAGGAUUUAUGUGCCAUGCUCCUAUUCAUUUAAUCUGGGGGAAGAGUCCAUUGAAAUAGCUGAGGUUUGACAGAGGUUCAUGCAAGCAGCUCAGGCUUUUAUUGCUCCUGUCCAUUAAUGUACAAAUGAUAUGUUCAGCUUGUCUACACUCAAACUUCCCUCCACUUCUUGACUAUAAUGAUGACGUGACGAAAUCUUUAGAGAGGUAAUGCUUGUGGAGCACCUCUAUGAGUAUGGAGCCAUCACUCCUGACUGUAUCCCAAAGCAGCAGCUGAUGGCCAGGGAAAGAUUUAAUACUUUGACCUUGACUAAAGUAGCAUUUUUAGACAGUACAGGUGUAUCAGAUUAUGGAGUCUGGACAGGGAGGGGCAGGUCCCAGCUGUGUUCUCGCCAGCCGUUAGUCUCUAGGGGACACUAAACCCUGGCUUCUUGGGGCUGAACAUUGCUUUAGGUGUAGUGUUCAACGCUGAAACAGAGCAGACUGGUAACUUGUUGGAGUAUUCCUUGCACAGUCGCUGCUUCUCUGCUCAUUACUGAAACUUCAGUAGAAAUUUGUAUUUCAUACAAUAUUACAACACAAGCUCUCAGGCUUAUAAAAGUUAAACAAUUUAAACAUAAGCAAAAUCAACAAAAUCACUUCACUUGGCCUAUCGAGUUAUUAACUAUUAAAAAGCG